CAAUCCAGUUGGUCCGAUCAGCGAGUAACCCAAUUUUGAAUCAAAUCAAUUAGAACUUUUCGAUAGAAAUAUGAACAAAAAUCUUGGCUUUGUAGAACGUUUGCGAUGGCGUUUUAAUACUAUAGCGCAUAAGAUCCAUGAAUAUCGAUCAACAACCAACGAGACAAUUGUUGCUGAUACGGAAUAUGGAAAAGUGAAGGGAGUAAAGAGAAUAUCUUUGUAUGAUGUACCCUACUACAGUUUCGAGGGUAUUCCCUAUGCCCAGCCUCCUGUGGGUGACUUGCGUUUUAGGGCACCAAAACGGCACACACCUUGGGAGGGAAUAAAGGAUUGUAGUCAGUGCAAGGAUAAGGCAGUUCAAGUGCAAUUCGUCUAUGAUAAAGUAGAAGGAUCUGAGGAUUGCCUUUACCUGAACGUCUAUACGAAUAAUGUCACGCCCAGUAAACCACGUCCAGUCAUGGUCUGGAUUCAUGGUGGUGCUUUUAUUCAAGGCGAAGGCAACCGUGAAUGGUAUGGCCCAGACUACUUGAUCGAGAAAGAUGUUGUUUUGGUUGUCAUUCAGUAUCGUUUGGGAGUUUUGGGUUUCUUAAGUUUGAAUUCACCGGAAUUAAAUGUCCCUGGUAAUGCAGCUCUCAAGGAUCAAGUGAUGGCUCUCAAAUGGAUCAAGAACAAUUGUGCCAACUUUGGUGGCGAUCCGAAUUGCAUAACAGUGUUUGGAGAAAGUGCAGGUGGUCAAGGUACCCAUUAUAUGAUGAUGACUGAACAGACAAAAGGACUUUUCCAUCGAGCUAUUCUACAAUCUGGAGCGGUCUCUUGGGCCGGUCCCUUUAAUGGAGAUAUUACCCAUAAUGCUUAUAGAAUCGCCAAACUGGCAGGCUACAAGGGAGAGAACAAUGACAAGGAUGUCUUGGAUUUCUUGCUCAAAGUUGAUGCCAAAGAUUUGAUACGCGUGGAGGGCAAUGUAAUUACCCCAGAAGAACAUCUAAAGAAGAUAUUGUUUGCAUUCGGUCCAUCAUUAGAGCCGUAUGUCACACCUGAGUGUGUUAUACCCAAACUUCCGAUUGAGUUGAUAAGAAAAUCUUGGAGUAGCUCAAUGCCAGUAAUGAUUGGAAAUACUUCUUACGAGGGACUUUUUUGGGUUCCAGAAACUAAGAUGUCGCCACAGGUGGUUCAACAAGUAGAAACUGGUACUCCUUUUAUACCACGAGAACUACUGGCGACCAAUCCAAGCAGUGAAAAGAAGGCUGAGUGGAGUCGGAGAAUUCGUGAUGCACAUCGCACAAGUGAAGUGGCCACCGUAGACAAUUAUAUGGAGCUUUGUUCCAUGUACUACUUUAUCUUUCCUUCCAUACGCAUGAUACGGUCUCAUCUUGCUCAUGACGCAGAAGCUCCAGUUUACUUUUAUCGCUAUGAUUUCGAUUCGGAGGAGCUCAUCUUCAACUAUCGAAUUAUGCGUGAAGGUCGCGGAGUCAAAGGUGUUGGACAUGCCGAUGAGUUGGCCUACCUAUUCAGCAGUCUUCAGUCACAUCGCCUCCCUAAAGAUGGUCGAGAUUAUCGUAAUAUUGAAAGACUUGUAGGCAUCUGGACACAAUUUGCCAAAACAGGCAAUCCAAAUAGUAAAGAUAUCAAUGGACUGGACACUCUAACUUGGAACCCUGUACAGAAAACAGAUAAAGUCUUCAAGUGCCUGAAUAUUAGCGAUGAUUUGAAAUAUAUUGAUUUGCCUGAAUGGAAUAAGGUUCAGGUUUGGGAGAGUCUUUAUGAGGAUAACAAAGAUUUGCUAUUUUAAUCCUCUGCUUGUUGUUUGAAAUUAAAAAUAAACCCAAAAAUUUAGU